GUCAAAAAUGAAAUUUCUCUUGAUUUUGUCUUGCCUGGUCCUCUAUGUGGCCCUCGUCUCUGGCCAAACUUGCCGUGGAGCACCCACCAAUCCGAAUUGCAACGGCGGCAGGGAUGAAGGAGCAGCAAGGCAGGCUCCCGGAGGACCCCGUUGUAAUCCACAGCCGAAUGACAGUAUGUGGUACUUCAACAGGCCCACUGGAAAAUGCAUUAAGAUGAGUUACAAAGGAUGUUACGGCAACAAUAAUCGCUACUGCUCCCUGCGAAGCUGUGAGGCAGCAUGCCCCGUUACCCGCCCAUAA